CCUUGCAGACCAGACCAACAGUAACACCAAGGGCAGGUGGGCAGGCCUCCGCCCUCCUCCCCUACCCCAGCACCCACUGCAGCCACAGCCCAGGAGCCACCAGAUCUCCCAGCACCAUGGUCCGAUGCCGCGUGAGGAGCCCGAGCGAACGCUCGCACGAGGUGUACAGGCAGCAGUUGCAUGGGCAAGAGCAAGGACACCACGGCCAAGAGGAGCAAGGGCUGAGCCCGGAGCACGUCGAGGUCUACGAGAGGACCCACGGCCAUUCUCACUAUAGGCGCAGACACUGCUCUCAAAGGAGGCUGCGCCGGAUCCACAGACAGCAGCAUCGCUCCUGCAGAAGGCGCAAAAGACGCUCCUGCAGGCACCGGAGGAGGCAUCGCAAAGAGUCCCUAGGUGCCCCCCUCAACCAGAACUUUCUUUCCCAAAAGGCUGCAGAACCAGGAGGAGAACAUGCAGAAGGCACUAAGCUUCCUGGGCCCCUCACCCCCAGCUGGAAAUUAAGAAAAAGUCGCCCGAAACACCAAGUGAGGCCAUAGCAACUCCCCUACAUCAAAUGCUCAAGCCCUGAGUUGCCGCCGAGAAGCCCACAAGAUCUGAGUGAAAUGAGCAAAAGUCACCUGCCCAAUAAAGCUUGACAAGACA